GUGACCGACAUAGAAAACAGCUCAGGCUUCUAUUGAUUUCCAUUCUCAUCCAAAGAAUAAUAAAGUACUCACAUGGGUGCACACGCUUUGCUUCCGCACUCAAACACAUCAGGGGACUUUUCAGUUAGUAUUGAUACAAAAUAACAUUUUGUCUAUAGUUAUCACUUAAUUUAAGACAGAAUCAUUUCUGAUGAUGUUGGUACCUCAGAAUUAGAAAUAUACAAAGUGAGACAUUAAAUGCCUCCUGGCCAAUCAAGGAAUACUUUAAAUUAUUUAUUAUUAUUGCUUUUAUUUAAUGCAUUUUAAAUUUUAUAUCUCUAGUACCAUAGUAUUAUUAAAAUUGAGUUAGUUCCUGUACUACUAGUAUUAUUACCAUUGUGCCAUUGAUUUGUUUAUAGUACUAUUACCAUUUAUUAACUAUAUAUUAUAACUAUAGCUUAGCUCAGAUACUGGUAGACUGUUAGCGUAGCUUAGCUCAGAUUCUUGUAGAGAGAGGUAGACUGUUAGCGUAGAUUGGCUCAGAUACUGGUGGACAGAGGUAGACUGUUAGCGUAGCAUAGUUUAGAGACUGAGACAAAGGUAGACUGUUAGCAUAGCUUAGCUCAGAUACUGGUAGACAACGGUAGACUGUUAGCGUAGCUUAGCUCAGAUACUGGUAGACAGAGGUAGACUGUUAGCAUAGCUUAGCUCAGAUACUGGUGGACUGUUAGCAUAGCUUAGCUCAGAUACUGGUAGACUGUUAGCAUAGCUUGGCUCAGAUACUGGUAGACAGAGGUAGACUGUUAGAGUAGCAUAGUUUAGAGACUGAGACAAAGGUAGACUGUUAGCGUAGCUUGGCUCAGAUACUGGUAGACUGUUAGCUUAGCUUAGCUCAGAUACUGGUAGACAGAGGUAGACUGUUAGCAUAGCUUGGCUUAGAUACUGGUAGACAGAGGUAGACUGUUAGCGUAGCUUGGCUCAGAUACUGGUAGACUGUUAGCGUAGCUUGGCUUAGAUACUGGUAGACAGAGGUAGACUGUUAGCAUAGCUUGGCUUAGAUACUGGUAGACAGAGGUAGACUGUUAGCAUAGCUUGGCUUAGAUACUGGUAGACAGAGGUAGACUGUUAGCGUAGCUUGGCUCAGAUACUGGUAGACUGUUAGCGUAGCUUGGCUCAGAUACUGGUAGACAGAGGUAGACUGUUAGCAUAGCUUGGCUUAGAUACUGGUAGACAGAGGUAGACUGUUAGCGUAGCAUAGUUUAGAGACUGUGAGACAAAGCACCAGAUGAGGAUGUACUUUUAGAGGAGAUGGUUUUCACACCUUCAGAUGGAUCGAUGGAGAGAAAAGAGCUUGAAACCAAUCACCUUCCUAUCUGUGCCGCAUCGAUCAGAGAGGGAGGGGGAGGAGAGCCGAAGGGGGAGAAACGGAGAGACAGAAGCCUUCUCUCCGCCUCACGCUUCACAUCUCAGAGAAGAGAAACAAGAAAGGAAGCAAAACGGACAUAGCAAGAUACGUUUGAGUCAAACAGUGUUAUUAGUUUCAAGAUUUGUUUUUUCAAAUCGCUGAAAAAAAAAAAAGAGGAUCUCAAUUUUUUUUAAUUGAAUAUCUCACAACAGUUAUUUUUAUUUAAUUUUUCAAGAAACCCCAAUGAUGUCUUACCAGGUGUUGCUGUCAAUCCUCUGGGUUGUCAUGGCGAUGGUGGUAGACCAGGGAGGUGCAGCACGGGUGAUGAGUGGACAGACGGUGUGUCUCAGAGGUCCAAAGCGUCCCUGCUACAAAAUCGCAUACUUCCACGAUGUGUCAAGCCGCGUCUCCUUCAGGGAGGCUCUGCAGGCCUGUGAGAUGGACGCAGGAGCUCUGCUCAGCAUCGAGAGCUUGGAGGAGCAGACGCACAUCCAACACCUGCUGCAGAAACUGCGCUCAGGAGCAGUGGGAGGAGCAGGAGGAGGAGCAGGAGGAGGAGGAGGAGCAGGAGGAGGUAUAGCUGACGGUGAUUUCUGGAUCGGUCUGACCCGAAGGGAUGGAGAUGAUCAGACUCAUCCUGAACUUAGCAACACCUUCACUGCCUGUCCAGAGCGCUACCAUUGGACCGAUGGAAGCCCCGCCCCCUUCAGGAACUGGUAUUUUGAUGAGCCGUCCUGUGGAGGAGAAGCCUGUGUUGUGAUGUACCAUCAACCAACUGCCCUACCUGGACUGGGUGGAGCUUAUCUCCACCAAUGGAACGACGACCGCUGCAACAUGAAGCACAACUUCAUAUGCAAAUACAAGCCAGGGUUCCUGAAAGCAAAGGGCCACACACCUGUGGGGCGGAGCACAGAGACCACUACAGCUGGACGUGUGGUCAAACAACCCACUGGCAGUGAGGAGGUGCCCCCUCAGGUGACCAUGGCUGGAGCUUCAGGCAUGUUACUGGUGUACGUCAUCAUACCCACAAUCCCCCUGCUCCUGCUCAUCCUGAUGGCUUCUGGGACAUGUUGUUUUCAGAUGCUCAGUAGAAGUACUCCUCGCACAAAGACGUCUACGACGCUACAUUCAAACCUUUGGAUCUCCAAGACGCCCAAAGCAGACCGGAUGGAGGUCUGAGGUCCUCAGUGAAGUGCAGGUGAUGAGCAGCAGACAGAAGGACCCGGGUGGAGU